CUUAGAAAGAUCAUGAUGGAGAAGUAGUUGGGAAUCGACGGCUAUUAACAGUGGCUGCAACCAUCAACGAGCUGCAGGGAAUGAUUUGGCCCCCGUAUGGUGCCUUACCUAAGCACAUUCCUUUGUACACGUCACCGACGGGGGGAGAGGGAGCCAUGAAAUCACAGCCUUAGCCCUUUUCUACUCAGUCGCGUGCCCUCCUUUUGCGCUACUGUCAGCUCUCUCCCCCUCUCUCUCUCUCCCUUGAUUUUUCUCUGUUACUGUUGUUGGCCUAUUUUAUCUUCUCCAGAGCUUGCCUGUCGUGCUGCUCUGGUUCAUAGAGAAAUCGAGAAACAGAGAAUGGGUCGUCGAAGAAGCUGGGCCUUCUAAAACGCAAAUCUUUCGACCAUAUUGAUGAUUCAUGAAAACCAGCAAACCAUCCUGUUGUCUAGCUCGAACACUGACUUAUACUGUGAUUUGAGAGUUAUCAAGAAACCAUAUUGCUGAUAUGUUGGUCUCCCAGAUUGUUUAUCAGAAACAUUAUGAAGAGUUCAAGGCAAUGGGCACUGGUCUUUGCCCCCGGAAAUGAAGGAAAGGCAGAGGUGGCGACCUGAAGAGGAUGCUCUGUUGCGUGCUUAUGUCAAAAAGUAUGGACCAAGGGAGUGGAAUCUUGUGUCACAGCGCAUGAACACGGACCUCAGCAGGGACGCAAAAUCGUGUUUAGAGAGGUGGAAGAAUUAUCUCAAACCCGGGAUCAAGAAGGGAUCGCUCACCGAAGAGGAGCAGCGCCUUGUCAUCCGUCUUCAGGCCAAAUACGGCAACAAAUGGAAAAAAAUCGCGUCUGAAGUCCCCGGGCGAACUGCGAAGAGACUUGGGAAGUGGUGGGAGGUUUUCAAAGAGAAGCAGCAGAGGGAACAGAAGGAGAAUAACAAAGUUGGAGACCCGGUAGAGGAGGGUAAGUACGAUCGGAUUCUAGAGAAUUUCGCGGAGAAGCUCGUGAAAGAGCGGCCCACCCCGGCGUAUCUCAUGGCAACUUCUAAUGGAGGAUUUCUGCACACUGAUGCACCUGCCCCUCCACCACAAAAUUUACUUCCUCCGUGGCUUUCUAAUUCUAGCACCACCUCCAAUGUUAGGCCACAGCCUUCCCCGUCAGUCACACUGAGCCUCUCUCCGGCAACAAUUCCGCCCUCCCCGGCAAUAAUUCCACCAUCCCCAGCAAUACCUUGGCUGCAGCCCGACAGAGCAUCGGACAACAAUCCUCUAGUCUUGGGCAGCUUGCCACUGAAUGGGGCAACAGUUCCUUGUGGAGAGAACUUGCUGAUUUCUGAGCUUACAGAAUGCUGCAGGGAAUUGGAAGAAGGACACCGCGCAUUGGCAGCACACAAGAAAGAAGCAGCCUGGAGGUUGAAGAGGGUGGAGCUGCAACUCGAAUCCGAGAAAGCUUGCCGGAGGAGGGAGAAAAUGGAGGAGAUUGAGUCCAAAGUGAGGGCUCUUAGGGAAGAGCAGAAGACUGCACUGGAUAGGAUCGAGGCUGAAUACAGAGACCAAUUGGCGGGACUAAGAAGGGAUGCAGAGGCCAAGGAGCAGAAACUAUCCGAGCAGUGGGCUGCAAAGCACCUUAGGCUUACAAAAUUUCUAGAGCAGAUGGGUUGUAGGCCCAUGCAUGCUGAGCCUAAUGGCCGGUGAGACGAUUCGCCAUCCAUGGUUGGAAUGGAUGUCGGAAGAUUGUCGAUUCACCAUGGCUCAUGUUGCGUGCUCCUGUCUCCAGAACAUUACGUCUUUCACUCUUGUAUGUUUUAUUGCCAGUCUUUUCACUUAUGAUAUUCUAAAACAGGUUUAUAUUUAAAUUA